CCAAGUCCGACUCAGCUGAGUUUUGUUUAUAAAUACGGGUCUACGUUUUGAGUUAAUAUUGAGCAAAAACCUAGUCGUUAUGCAUAGGUGGAGGCCAAAACUAGUACAAAAAGAAGAGUUUGAUAGAUCAUACUUCAUACUUAUUGGUGCUUAACCUAACUUUUGAAUUCACAUAAUUCAAAUUUAAAUAAGGUAAAAUAUGAUUUUAAAAUUAAAAAAGCAAUGAUCUAUUAUAAGAUUAAUCUUGUUACAUAAUGAAUACCUUCCAACGUUUUAAUUUUAAACAGUUAUGUCAGUGUAUACAACACUUUAAAAUUUCAGGAAUAAAUAAGACUGUAUAUUUCUUUAAUUUCCAAAGUAUUAGAUCAAUAAUUAAUACUUCAAAAGUGUCUUUAUCACCUCUUAAAGAAGAUAUCAAUGUCACUCCCACAAGCCCUAGUAAGUAUACAAAUAGAUCACAUACAUGCGGUGAAUUGGGAAGUAAAAAUAUCGGCGAAAAUGUAACAUUGAGUGGAUGGCUGGAGUUUCAACGAAUGGGCAAAUUUAUUGUUUUGAGAGAUGGAUAUGGACGUGUUCAGUUGCUAGUAAAAGAAAAUGAUCGAGAAACACAAACUUUACUGUCAACCAUACCAUAUGAAUCAAUUUUAGAAGUAAAAGGUAAAGUUGUAAAUAGACCACAUGAAAUGAUUAAUAAAAAUCUUCCCACCGGAGAGAUAGAAAUAAUUAUAGAUAACGUUAAAGUUCUUAACAAGUCAAAAGAUAUCUUACCUUUUAAUAUUAGGGAUUUUCAGAAAGCCAAAGAACCUUUACGAAUGCAAUAUAGGUAUUUGGACUUAAGAUUUCCACAGAUGCAGAGGAAUAUGAGGUUUAGGUCAGAACUGUUCAUGAAAAUGAGAACAUUUUUAGUUAAUAAUCAUUUUGUUGAUGUGGAGACUCCGACAUUGUUUAAAGCUACACCAGGGGGUGCACAAGAAUUCAUAGUUCCGACUAGGUUUCCAGGUCAAUUCUAUUCACUUGUACAAAGUCCUCAGCAGUUCAAACAAAUGUUAAUGGCAGGGGCAAUCGACAAAUACUUUCAGAUCGCUCGAUGCUACAGAGAUGAAGGUGCAAGGUCAGAUAGACAACCUGAGUUUACCCAGUUAGAUAUAGAAAUGUCUUUUACCGGAGUAGAUGAAGUUAUACAAUUAAUAGAAGAUUUAAUUGUGUAUUGUUUAAAAGAUGAUUUAAGUAAUGGAAACUCGAGGUUUAAGAGAAUUUCUUAUGACGAAGCUAUGGAAACGUAUGGUUCUGAUAAACCUGAUACAUCAUUUGAUUUUAAAUUAAGGAAUUGCACAGAUUUAUUUAAGAAAAACUUAAAACCGGACGAUGAUAAGAAUUUUGGAGCUUACUUUUUAUCAUUUCCUGCAGAAUAUGCAAAUACCAAUAACAAAAUGAAAGAAAUUAUUCGAAAAAUAUCUGACAAGUGUAGUACAGUCAAAUUUCUACAAAUUAUGGUUAAAAAUAGCGAACAAUUUAUUAAUAAGGUUGGGAGAUUAUUAGGAAACAACACAGCAGCUGAAUUUUUACAAGAAAAUAAUAUUUCGGAUAAUUCUUUGGUGUUUUUGGCUUAUGGAAAUAAAAAGGAAUCGUUGUCGUUAUUAGGUAAAGUGAGGAUAGAAUACGUAAACUUCUUGGAAAAUAUUGCUAUAAAUAUCAGAGAAAAAGGAUUGCAUUUUUUAUGGGUGGUAGAUUUUCCUCUAUUUGAAGUAUCUGAAUCAGAUGGACGCUUACAAUCUGCUCACCACCCUUUUACAGCUCCCCACCCGGAUGAUUUGCAUUUAUUACAAAACGAUCCUCUUAAGGUUAGAGCUUUGUCGUAUGAUCUAGUCCUAAACGGCAAUGAAGUAGGGGGUGGUUCUAUACGUAUUCACGAUCCUAAUUUACAAAAGUCAGUUCUGGAUUUAUUAAAAAUCAAUCACGACACUAUGCACCAUAUGCUAGAGAUGUUGGAGUCGGGGUGUCCGCCCCAUGGAGGUAUUGCACUUGGAUUAGACAGAUUACUUUUAGUUUUACUCGGUAUGACCAGUAUUAGAGAUGUUAUAGCAUUCCCGAAGAAUUACGAAGGCAGAGACCCUAUUAGUGGAGCUCCUAGUUAUAUUUCUGAUAGUGAUAAAAAAUUAUACCAUAUAAAAACUGUUGAUAAUGAUAAAAAAUAAAUCAUAAUAG